GUUUGAGCGACUACGCUCUUCCUUUAAGAAGAUGGCUGCGGGUAGUAACAGAGGCGGUGAUAAGCGCGGCUCGAAAAGCCAGGCGGACUCUAACUUUCUGGGGCUGCGGCCCACCUCGGUGGAUCCCGCUCUGAGGCGGCGGCGGCGGGGCCCCAGAAACAAGAAGCGCGGCUGGAGGAGGCUCGCUGAGGAGCCGCUGGGGCUAGAGGUAGACCAGUUCCUGGAAGAUGUACGGCUACAAGAGCGCACGACCGGUGGCUUGUUGGCAGAGGCCCCAAAUGAACAGCUCUUCUUCGUGGACACUGGACUCAAGAAAAAAGAACCACGCAAGAAGAGGACCUGGGUCCAGAAGAAGUCAAAGCAUCUCCAGAAACCCCUACGGGUUGACCUUGCCCUUGAGAAUCAUUCUAAGAUCCCUGCUCCCAAAGACAUCCUUGCACACCAGGUCCCCAAUGCCAAAAAGCUCAGGCGAAAGGAGGAGCUAUGGGAGAAACUGGCAAAGCAGGGAGAGCUGCCCAGGGAUGUGCGCAAGGCACAGGCCCGGCUUCUUAACCCUCCUGCACCAAAGGCCAAACCUGGGCCCCAGGAUAUCAUUGAGCGGCCCUUCUAUGACCUCUGGAACCCAAACAAUCCUCUGGAUAAGCCUUUGAUCGGUCAGGAUGCAUUUUUUCUGGAGCAGACCAAGAAGAAAGGUGUGAGGCGGCCACCACGACUCCACAUCAAGCCUUCCCAGGUGCCUGCGGUGGAAGUGAUUCCUGCGGGAGCCUCCUACAACCCAACCUUUGAAGAUCACCAGGCCUUGCUUCUAGAGGCCCAUGAGGUGGAGCUGCAGCGUGAGAAAGAGGCAGAAAAGCUGGAGCGACAGCUGGCCCUGCCCACUGCAGAGCAAGCUGCUACCCAGGAGUCCGUGUUUCGGGAGAUGUGUGAGGGCCUGCUCGAAGAGUCUGAGGAUGAGGAUGGGCCAGGCUGUGCUGAGCAGCCAGAGGCUGACGAUGGGGCCACUGAGACCUCACCCACUGGUGCUGCUGGUCCUGAGAAGAGGAUGGAGAAGAAGACAGAGCAGCAGCGGCGGCGGGAGAAGGCUGCUCGCAAGCUGCGGGUGCAGCAGGCUGCACUGAGGGCAGCCCGGCUUCAGCACCAAGAACUCUUCAGGCUACGUGGGAUCAAGGCCCAGGUGGCCCGGAGGCUGGCAGAGCUGGCACGCCGGAAGGAGCAGCGGCGCAUACGGCGACUGGCAGAGGCUGACAAACCCCGAAGGCUGGGACGGCUCAAGUACCAGGCCCCUGACAUUGAUGUGCAGCUCAGCUCUGAGCUAUCUGACUCACUCAGGAAACUGAAGCCAGAAGGUAACAUUCUCCGAGACAGGUUCAAAAGCUUCCAGAAGAGAAAUAUGAUUGAGCCCCGGGAACGAGCCAAGUUCAAGCGCAAAUACAAAGUGAAGCUGGUGGAGAAGCGGGCUUUCCGCGAGAUUCAGUUGUAGCUGUGCAGAUGUUGGAGCCUCUGCCCCUCAAUAAAGUGCUGUGACCAACC